CUUUUAUGCUUUUAAAAUCAUGUUGAUUGAUUUAAAAAAAAUUUGUAUCAGUAUAUAAUGUCAAUUGUCAAAUCUCAAUAUAUGCCUUCCUUGAUAAAUAAAAUUCCACAAUUCAAUGACUUGUAAUUGUGUUAUUAUAGUCUGUUACUGCAGUUUGGGUACAGCGUAGAUAAACCUUAGAAUAGCUACCCUAUAUGGAAAAAAUAGGCAAUCAGGUUGUAAAAUUUAUGAUAUAAAUUAUCGAGAGCUUCACCCCAAAAGACGAAACACUAAAAAUGAGGAAAACAUAAAUUUUCAAUUUUUGACAUCUUAACUUUUUAUUGAAAUAUUCGAUUAAAAAUCAGCUUAAAAAUUGUUUAUUCCUUUUGUAAUGUUCUCAAAUUGAAUUUUUUUUAAAUUUCAACAUUCACCCUUUAUAUGAUAAAUCUCAAUAUAGGGAGUGGUAGAAUGAAUGUUUUAUCCCAUUUGUGGGUUGAGGGAUAUUGAUUAUUACUGCCAAUCAACUUUUCUACUUAUUACUGAAACAUGGUAGUUUAUUUUAUAAUGUCAUCAAAUGGUAAGAAAAUUACUUCAAAACAUAAUAAACUGUAAUUUUGUACUAAAGCUUCAUCGUCUUAGUACAAUAAUACUCCAUCUGAAUAAUUAUAUUUUAUCCAUAAUAGGGGUAAUUUUGCAAAUGGGUACAAUAAUAAUAUUGGUGAUUCUUGUAGUUAUAGUUUUAUUGUCAAAGGGUCUUUUAAAUAAGCACCUAUUUGUCAUAUUUUCUUUGUUUACGACUGACAGUAAUCAUCAUGAUUUUGGACGUCGAAAACAUUUUUCGAUAGCAACCUGCUAUGUGGUUACGCCCCUCAAAAUUUCUACCACGUCUCCGCUACCUUUUGAUUCUUUUGGGAGGCAUGUGGGCGUAAAACGAUUCCAAACUUAUCAUGUUUAGCCAUUUUGUUUGUAUUACAGAUACAGAAAGCAAUUGUACUAACUUGACUGAUAUUUUUAAAGAUAUCAUUUAUUGAAUUUUAUUGUUGAAUGGUGUAGUUUUGUUUUUGUGAUAUAAGUGCAUGAUAUAAUUAUGAAGCUGAAUUAUUGUUCUAUGCCAACUAAUUGUGUUUUAUUGUUUUAACGAGUUGUCUUUUUUGAAUUUUCUGCUAGUUAUUAUUAAUAAAACUUACAAUAAAAUCAGAAUAAAAUUAUUGUAAUUUUGCUUCUGGAAGUAGUUCGAAAAGAUAACAAUGGAGGGAGACAUUGCUUCUCCAAGUCAAGUUAGUGCCAUGGCAGGGGCAUUGAUCAGUUCAGCUGCUGAUAAGGAUAAAAAUGUACAAGAUACUGUCAUUACUGCUUUGACAAAACUUGGGAGACAUCAACAUGCUGUAGUUUUGGGAGCCCUUCGUAACUAUAUUGUCAAUACUCAGAAGCUGGAUCUUAAUCAUCGUGUUAUAUUGCUUCGUGCUAUGAAUAGCAUUUUAAAAGAAGUCUUGGCAAAUACUGAAAUCAAUAUUACUUUGGCAAGAGAACUGAUUGGAAUGGCAUCUGAAGAUAUGACAAAAUCAAAGAAACCUCAACCAGAAUGGCAAUCUGCUGCAAGUGAUGUUGUAGUAACACUGGGUACUGUUUUUGUGAAUGAAGUCAUGGAAGAUUUGCUCAAAAAACUUCCAGCUGGAAUUCUUCCUCAUUUCUUUGUUGUUCAGACCCUUGGAAAUUUGGCUGUUGCAAAUGCCUUCAAGAUGGUUCCUUAUCUCAACCAUUUGCUGACAAGUUUUAUGCCUGUUCUUGGACUUGCAAAACAUGACAACAUGAGAUGGGUGUUCGCUAAAUGUCUUGGACAAUUUGCUGAAGCAAUUCUGGAAUAUGUCAUGAAUAUUGACAAAGCUCCAGAUCCAAGUAUAACAAGAAAUACAUUUUCAAAUGAAAUAUUUGGUGCAUACAAUAUUUUGUACAGUGUGUGGAUUCUGACAAAGGAGACAAAGCUUCGUUGUGCUGUUGUUGAUGCUCUUGGUAAAAUGACGAUGCUGCUGAGUCUUGAAAAAUUAGAAGAACAAGCUUCAAAGUUGAUGUCGAUGCUAGUGUCUCUGUAUAGAAGGCAACCUGGGGACCCAUAUCCAAUCACCAAAGCUAUUUGUGAUGUGAUCACCGCUACAUCAGAUGCUCAAUGUAGAGCUCUGGAAUUAAAUUUGGAAGGCCUUGUUACUGUUUUACAUGGCCAUAUAUGCAGUGGAAGCAAUGACGGUAUUAAUCCUGCUGCAACUAAAAAUUAUAAUGAAGUGUUGAGAUGUUUCAGCAUUCUUGCAUCACAAUACAGUGAGGUCUUGGUAAAUUUCAUGUUGACAAGAGUUGACUCGAAAGAUGAAAGAAUCAGAAUUGGAUGUCUUGUUAUAUUGAGACACUUGAUUAAUUCUUCAUCAAUACAUAUUGAAGAAAGAAAAGAUGUGAUUGUGAUCGGUUUGACCAAAAUAUUGAUUGAAACAAGUAACAAAGUAAAGCAGAACUUAACCAGACUGAUAUCUGCGAUGGCAAGCCAUGGAUUUUUGCUUCAAGAAGGAGGAGAUAAAUUUGUUGAAUUCAUAGCUAAGCAGUGUGCUUAUCAAGCUUCUGAAAGUGCAACAGGUGGUAAUGGUCAGAUUGUAGAAAAAGAAACGGUCAAUGAUGUUACUCUUCAAGCGAUGUGUGACAAUGUUUUGUACUUGAUGACAACAACUAUUGAUGGAAUGGAUACUGUUUUGUGGCCGUUUUUGUUUGAAUUUCUAAAAACUGAAGAAAUGACGUCAGCAGUUGGUGUCAUAAGUCGUUGCUUAUCUCACAUUGCAAAAACGAAAAGAGAAAAUCAUGCCAAAGAUUAUCUUAUCAAUUUCAAUGAAACAGUAAAUGUUCCGUCUUCAUUUGCAAUAUUUGUUCGUCUUCUUGUCCUGCUGUCUCAACCAAGACAAUCUCGAUGUCUUGCCGAUUAUCUUCUUGAUCUUCUUGUCAACCUUGGACCGAUUAUUCAUCACAAAUUGACGGAAUUAUGGGAUUCCAUGAUACCUGAAAUUAAGAAAUUUCUUGAGGGCCAUCAAAUUUCAAAUGCUCAUGAUGAUGCCGUUGCCAGUGGAAUGUGGUCGCAAAGAGGCUGGGAGGAGCAAAUAUUCCAGCUGUUAUCAAGCAGUAUUGAAGCAGUAGCUGAUGAAGAAUGGACUUGCUUAUUGGGAGUUGAGCUUGCAAACCAGUGGUCAUUGUAUAAUCAAAUGCCACAACAUAAGAAUUUCUCAUUCAAAUGCAUGGGUGUGUUGCUACGUCUGUCUACAAACAAAGAAUUUGUUGAAGUGUCUUUGACUUCAUUGUUUCAAUCUAUAAAGCAAUCUGAAUUAGCUGAAAGAGAGGGUACAGGAAUUUGUCUUGGAUAUGCUGCAUCAUCACAUCUAGACCUGACAUUGUCAAAACUGAGUUCAUAUGUCAAAAAUCAAGUAAUGAAGAAGGAUAGCUCAUUUUUGAGUGGAUUUUUCAAGAGUGACAAAGCAAUACAAGAGUCUGAAUGGUUGAAAGGAACUGCAGGAUUAUGUUGUGGAUAUGCUGCUUACUAUGCUCCACCUGAACUUGUUCCAUCUCGUGUCGAUGCAGUCAUUGUGAAAUUGUUACUACCUAUGUUCAAAGGAAUAAAGGAUGCAGGAGUGAAAGAAAAUCUAGUGUAUGCUGUGGAAUUGGUUGCUUGUGCUGUUCAUCCAAAUCACAUGACAAAUCACCCCGUUCAUCAAGCUGCACCACCAUCUGAAAGACAAAUGACCAGCAAAGACAAAAAGAAACAAGCCCUACCAUCGAGAGGAGAACUGCUAAGUCAUCUUCAAGCAUAUUUAAAAGAAGAUGGAUUGGAAAGACCAAGCUCUGUUAAAGCUGCUGUUUUGUCGGCUAUAACAGAACUAGUUAAGCUGGAUCCAUUGUUGAAUGAUGCUGAUUUGUUUCAGUUGAUUAAAAUAUGCUCGGAAUAUGUGAUUAAACUACCAGAUAUUCCACAAAAUAGAGAGGAUGCUGCAUGGCCAGUACCACAGAAGCUUCUUCAGGAACAAUGUAAUGUUGGACUUCAUUCUGUGCUCAGAGAGAUAAUAGUAAAAUGCCCAACACCAAAUGGAUUGGAUUCCGUCUUCAAGCAUCUUCACAACUGGUUGACUUCAGAGCAUGCCCACGAGAGAGAAAGAGGGUUACGUGUUGCAUCUCAAGUCUUUGAUGUUUAUUUUGAUGCCUUUGUGGUUACUAAGACUAACACUUCACUGAAUACAAUGGGCGUUUUGAUGUCCAGAGUGAUUGCAAGAUGUUGCGAUCCUGUACCUGAUUUGAGAAAAGAUGCUGUUGAAUGUGUCAAACAAUUGCUCAAGAUUCAGAAUAAAUAUAAUGGAGCUAAAGCUGGUAGCAACGAUGAUGCAAUUGAAACUCUGGGAAAUCUUGCUGAAAGAUUACAAUCAACUGAACCAAACGAAAUGUAUCAAACAAUGAGAGAUAUAGCAAAAGUUAUCAUGACCAAAAUGCCCAAUGAGUUGACAUAUUUUGUUGAUGGUUCUCUAACAACUGCACUGAUGAAUUGUCUGUUGGAUCCUCAUCCUAGCUGUGCUAAUGGAGCUUGCUUGACUCUUCAUCAUAUAUUCAAAACAAGAGGAACAGGUUUUGGAAAACAGGUAAAUCAAAUAGUGGAAACUAUUCAGACGACAUUAAAAUCAGUGACAGAUGGGACAACUAGAGUUGGAAUUUUAAAACUCAUGUCCCUGCUUACGGCUCAUCAUUUACAAGCAACAUUGAACUCACUCUUGUCGAACCCACUUCCUUACACUGAGCAAAUUGUUGCUUGUUGGAGAGCAUUAGGAUCUGAUGAUAAUCUGUGUGAACCUGUCACUGAAUAUUUGUUGAAUCUGUUGAGCAAGGGUCUUCCAUAUGAUGAAAAACAUAAAGGAUUCAUGAAGAAAUCAAAAGAAUUCACAAGAACGGCAACCACUCAGUUGAUUGCUGCAUCUUGCGCCCUUCGUGAAGUGUUAGAGGCAUCAUCCAAUGAUAAUGGUAAAGAUAAAGAAGUGAAAAAAAAUUCAAAAUCAGGAAAUAUUUUCCAAAGAACAGUUGCUGUAUGUCUGAUCAGAGUUGGGUCUAUGAGAGCUGUUGGUCCUCCACCAAAAGUUGAAGUAAACCCUUUUCGGCAGGCAAUAGAUUCACUUUAUUGCCUGAUAGCUGCUACAUGUGGGAGAGACAUCAGUCAAUUUUUUGUGGAAAAAAUGAUGUGGAACUACUUUGAAUCAGAAGAUGAAGAAAAGUUUUAUGAGGCAAUAUCGACAUUUGCAAGUGGAUUGGCAAGAUACAAAACUACAGACGUUGCAGAUAUCGUCACCUUCUUGAAUCCAUUCAUAUCAAGCGUCUAUGUUCCACAGAGAGUGACAGUCACAGCAUUUUUCUCUCAGCUCAUCGCAGAGUCUGCCGGCAACAAUGAAAUUCUACUAGAAGUGAUUGUUAAUAGUAUCAGAGGAAGACUGGUUGAUCCAUCAGGUGUUGUAAGACGACUUAGUAUACGUGGCCUUGCCAAUGUUGUUGGAUCCUCACCUGAACAGGUGGAGAGGUAUGGGACUAGUGUGUUGAGUGCAAUGAUGUCGGGAAUGGAUGAUAAACAUGAUUUAGAUGACUCUAUCGCCCUUGAGGCAAUGACUGGACUGGAAAGGUUUUUAACUGAAGUGAAAAACACGAAUAUACAUUCAAUAUUUGUGAAUCUAUGUCUACGUAUCAGGCCAUGCUUUGAAAAGGAUAACCCUGAUGUCAGAAGUACUGCCAUCAGGUUAUUUGGUUGCCUCACAAGAUGUGGGACAGGACCUUCGGAAAAUGCUUUUGUAGAGCAAGUACAUAACAACCUGAUAGCUAUUCUACUACAUUUGAAUGAUGAUGAUCAGUCUGUACGAAAGGCAUGUAAAGUAACACUUCAGAAAGUAAGUCACGUUCUUGGCUCAAAAGCAGCGACUGAAAUGUUCAAUAAGUUUUUACAUGAGGAUGCUGAACUUCACUACGGUGAAUUCAUGAACGACUUGUCAAAAAUCUUGGUGCGAGACAUACCAGAUAAAACAAAUGUAUAUUUAAUGGGAUGUGUGUCCUUCUUCAAAAGUCACUGGGCCUCGAUUCGCUCAAACGCUGCAAUGUUUACAGGAUUCUUAAUGAGCAAUGCACCGGAAGAUGUCCAACAUACAGUGACAAGAGAACAGAUAUGUGCAGCUCUAAUUCAACUACUGAAAGACUCUUCACCAGGUGUACGUGCAAAAUCAGCUGAAGCAAUGAGCGUUCUGCAUCAGUAUUAGGAAUCAUUAUGUAAUCAAUGUUGUAAAUAAGAUGAGGGAGUAUAACCAUAGUAAAAAAACCUCCUGUUGUGAAUGAUCCUAAUCGAAAAUUUACAUAUACUAUGUGUAGUGUGUAUGCUAUACCACAUAUUAUUAUAUAAUUAUCACAAUUUUUUCACAUUUACACCUUAUCUCUUUAUAUAUAUUAUGUUAAUUUUUGAGUUUCGGGUUAUGCAAAUUGAUAUAUCUUCCAUUGUCCAAUGAUUUUAAGUACGGUAAUUCAAGUGUAUCGUCCCACUGUAGCAUUAAGCAGUCACGUUCGUUUUGUUAUUUUUCAAAUUAAUUGACAUCAACGACGUUUGAUCUUGUCAUGUCACAGCUGCCUUUUAUAAUCUAUAAAGCUUCUUCUGUCGAAUGCAGAAUUUUUAAAGUGUGCGAAUUAUGCUAUGCAAUUCUAUAUUAUAUCAAUGCCAUAAACCAAAUCUAGGUCUAAUUAACUUUCAUUAUCCAAAUUUACAUCUUUGUGAGUGUAAAAUAACCUUGGCCAAGAGUUUUAAACACAGAAAAUGAUAUCCCAAACUUUUGAUAAUACAAUUACAAAACAAGAGUUUCUUCUGUAAUCAUAGAUGUGUACUAUUAUGUUUGAAAUGUAUCUUAUAACCAAUGUCCUACAUAAUUAAAAUUAUUGUAAUUGUA